AGAGAGAGAGAGAGAGAGAGAGAGAGAGAGAGAGAGAGAGGAACAAGCACCUACCAAGUGCCAAACUUGAGGCCAACCUCUCUCCUCCCAUCUCAUUCUUUCCUACAUGGGCACCCACAGAUGGAUUUGCAGACAGCACAGUAACUGAACAGACUGAGGAGGGUUGGAGAAACUCUGAUCACAAGAUAAUAAAAAAAACUAACAAAGAAGUCUAGAAUAUCCUCGGAGCAGAGUUUUAUCUUCUUCUGACCAACUUUAAAAAGGAUAAAAGUGCAAUGGCGACACCCAAAAACACUCCCCGAGGUGCCAACACACCACUAUCCCCGAACCGUAUCACACGGCUCCAGGAGAAGGAUGACCUGUGCAACCUCAACGAUCGACUGGCCGUCUACAUUGACAAGGUGCGCUCUCUGGAGACUGAGAACGCCGGCCUGCGUCUGCGCAUCACUGAGUCAGAGACCGAGGUCAGCCGGGAGCUGACGGGCCUGAAGGCCGCUUAUGAGACCGAGCUGGCCGAUGCCCGUCAGACUCUGGACUCUGUGGCCAAAGAGCGAGCACGUCUGCAGCUGGAGUUGGCCAAGCUGCGAGAGGACUACAAGGAGCUGAAAGCAAGGAACACCAAAAAGGAGUCCGAUUUGGCUGGAGCGUUGCAGAGGCUCAAAGACCUGGAGGCUCUGCUGAACUCCAAGGAUGCAUCCUUGACCACGGCUCUGGGAGAGAAGCGUAACCUCGAGGUGGAAAACAGGGACCUGAAGGCGCAGCUUGCCAAGCUGGAAACCAGUUUGGCCGAUGCCAAGAAGCAACUGCAGGAUGAGAUGCUGAGGAGGGUUGACGGAGAAAAUCGCAUCCAGACCCUCAAAGAGGAGCUGGAGUUUUCGAGGAACCUCCACUCUGAGGAACUACGGGAGAUAAAGCGGCGUCAUGAGUCCCGUAUGGUUGAGUUGGACAAUGGCCACCAGCAGGACUUUGAAAGCAAGUUGGCAGAGGCGCUGGUGGACAUGCGUAGCCAGCACGAACUGCAGGUCAAAAUGUACAAAGAUGAGAUUGAGAAGACCUACAAUUCCAAGCUGGAAAAUGCUCGUCAGUCAGCGGACAGGAGCAGCCACCUGGUUGGAGCAGCACAUGAGGAGCUCCAGCAGACACGAACCCGCCUGGAGUCCAUGUCCUCUCAGCUCAGCCAGCUGCAGAAACAGCUGGCGGCCCGUGAGGCGAAGGUAAGGGACCUGGAGGACGCCCUGUCUCGGGAGCGGGACAACACCCGUCGCCUGCUGGGGGAGAAAGACAGAGAAAUGGCCGAGAUGAGGCAGCAAAUGCAACAGCAGCUGGAUGAGUACCAGGAACUUCUGGAUGUCAAGCUGGCUCUGGACAUGGAGAUAUGCGCUUACAGGAAGCUGCUGGAAGGGGAGGAGCAGAGGCUGCGUCUCUCCCCCAGCCCUCCGCCCACCAAAAUGACAGGAAGUCGUUCCUCUACUUCAGGAGCUCUCUCUCGAUCAGUCCACUACAACGCGCAGAGCUCUCCUGCCAAGAGGCGCCGACCCAACGACACCGACAGCGAGGCUUCCAGCAUCGCAGGUGGAGCUGUGGCCCGCACUCGCAUCACCCAGCAGGCCUCAGCCAGCGGACGGGUCACUGUGGAUGAGGUGGACCUGGAAGGGAAAUAUGUCAGACUCAGCAACAAAUCAGAUGAGGAUCAGAACUUGGGGAACUGGCAGUUGAAGCGGCAGGUGGGAUCUGGGGCUCCUAUCAUCUUCAAGUUCCCUGUAAAAUUCACCUUGAAGGCCGGCCAGAGGGUCACGAUCUGGGCCUCUGGUGCUGGUGGAACCCACAACCCUCCCUCUGACCUGGUGUGGAAGACUCAGCCCUCUUGGGGCACUGGAGACCUGUUCCAGACCACCCUGAUCAGUGCCAAUGGAGAGGAAAUGGCAAUGAGGAAGGUCACCCGCACACAGUUUGAAGAAGAAGAUGAUGACAUGCAGGUGGCUCACAGCACCUGUGGAGACAGUGAGUACAACCUGCGGAGCCGGACGGUGGUCUGCGGCUCCUGCGGACUUCCUUCAGACAAAUCCAGCAACUGCUCCAUGUCCUCAGCCUCCCGCUCUUUUCGCAGCGGAGGCAUCUCUGAGGGUCUACUGCCGCACUCCUACGUCUUCAGCGCCAGCACUCCUCGCAAGACUGGAGCCAGAAUGGAGAACUGUCCAAUUAUGUGAGCCCCUGGAUCCACGCUGAAACACUUCAACUCUAUUAGUUUUCAGUUAUUAUUCCUUUAGUUACCAGUAGUUAUUAAUUUCAGUUCAUGUACUUCUUUAUCUUUUAUCUAUUAUCUUUAAGAUAAUGUAUGCAAUAAAACGUUAUACCACUUUUUUUUUUAUGUACAUAGGCAUGCUUAUGAAAUACUUUCUUGAAUUUAAACGGUGAAUUUAAAGCAGUCACUUGUAUUUAUAUUAAGGGCUGGAAAUAUCCUAAAUACAUUUAUUUUUAAUAGAAUUUGCUUCUAAGUAAUCCAACUCCAACCUUGCUACAGGUCUACAGAAUAUGGUGUAUCCUAUUUUUGUUGUUGCUUAUAUCAAUAAACAUUUUUUCAGAA